AAAAACAAAACAAUACUUGUUCCGGGAAUCAGCUGUAACAGUUAGCAAGUGUAGCUCUGCUCACUCAGCUGGUGUGUAAUCACUAUUAGUGAUGUUUUAACUACGAAUACAGAGAUCCGUCAUGUGUGUUAUGUUGAUCUGAGCGGAUUGUGAGGUCACCAGCAGCUCUGCACGGGUUAUGUGUGAGUUAGCUUAGCGUGCUAGUUGUGUGAUGCUAAUUUGUGCUACUUCCUGUUUAUUUUACUGUGAAGAAACGUUGGAUUUAGUGACACUUGUGAAGCAGCUCCGUGUCAGACUGAAGCAUUAGCUAGUGACAGCUAUUCAGCUGAUGAGAAUGUGAGGAAAUACAAAUUAUUAUUGUUAUUAUUGCUGAGUUGAGAUAUAAACCACGAGCCUGAAGAUGCCUGGAGUGUCUACAGGAGUGAAGGAGCUUUAUCUGUCCACCUCCCUGGGAGAUCUGAACAAAAAGGCUGAGGUCAAAGUGGAUAAAGCCAGCACCAGGCAUUAUGUCCAGAGUGCGUGUAAACUCUUUAAAGCAGCAGAGGAGUGCCGUCUGGACCGGGACGAGGAGAAAGCCUACGUCCUGUACAUGAAGUACCUGACUGUCUAUGACCUCAUUAAGAAGAGACCGGACUUCAAACAGCAACAGGACUACUUCCUGUCCAUGCUGGGGCCAUCGAGCUUUAAGAAGGCCAUCGAGGAGGCGGAGAAACUCUCUGAGAGUCUGAAGUUCAGGUAUGAAGAGGAGGAGGUGCGGAAGAAGCUGGAGGAGAGAGAGAAGCGAGAGAAGAAAGAGGAGAAGGAGAGACGAGAGCAGAAAGCAGAAAAUGACAAGGGACGAGUGUUGGCCAAAGGCCUGGAGAACAGAAAGGAUAGCAAAAAGGUUAAAGACCAGAACGAGCUGAAGAGUGUGACCCAGAACUCAGCAGCACCCCUGAAUGGAGGGAUUAGUGCUCAGCAGUUGUACACUAUGAUGAAGGACCCUAACCUGAGUGUGUUAGUGAUGGACACUCGAAAACAAGCCGACUUUGAGGAGUCACACAUGGCAGUGCCCAAUCAGACGUGCAUCAGUGUUCCUGAGGAGGCCAUCAGACCUGGGAUCACAGUGAAUCAGAUAGAGUUGAAGCUGCCAUCAGAGACUCUUCCUCAGUGGAAACAGCGUGGCUUUGCAGAUUACAUCGUCCUGCUCGACUGGUUCAGCUCCAUAACAGACCUGAAACUGGGCACCACUUUACAGAGCCUGAAGGAUGCACUGUACAAGUGGGACAGUGUGACUAUCCUGCGCACAGAACCUCAGGUUCUAGAUGGAGGCUAUGAGAACUGGCUGCUUUAUUAUCCAAUGUUCACCAGCAACGCCAAGAUCAAACCCCCACGGCAACAAACACACCCCCUGGUACCAGAGUUGAAUUUCAGCUACCCGUGUCUGGAGGAGACUCCACCCGAACCUGCAAGUGUGUGUGUGAGCGAUGGUGUGGAAGACGUACAAACUAAUGGCACCGUAGAUGCUGACACAAACAUCAAGCCUGCUGCCCCUGAUAUAAACACUAGCACACACACUCCCUCACUAACCAUUCUGCCAACACCCACGAUAACACCAAGUGUGUCCACUGUGCCCAGUCCAAAGCAGCCUGCAGCUACAACAAAGACAAUACCACAAUUCGACAGAUCAACGAAGCCGGUUGUUAAACCCUCAGUAAGUGGUAAGGUGAGUCCUGAGGGUGUAGCCAAAGAGGACGGGGCCAAAGAAGUUGUGGAUAAAGAUGUGUCCGUUUCCACGGUGACCGACGGCCCGGUGAUUCCAGAUCGUUCAGCUAAGCCGAUCCUAGCGGAAAAGAAAGGGAGAGAGGAAGAAGAGAAACGACAUAAAGAAGAGGAGGAAAUUAAGAAGAAGCAAGAAGAGGAGGAGAAGGAGAAGAAGAGGAAACUGGAGCGGCAGAAGGCGGAAGAAGAAGAGGAGAAAGCAGACGGAGGAGAAGAGAAAGGAAAGAGAGGAGUGAAGGAUCAGGCGCUGGACGCUCAGCUGAAGAGCAUGUCUCUGGAUUCUCCUCUGCCUCACAAUGCUGUCUCAGAUAUAAAGAGGGAACCUCUCACCCGUGCUCGGAGUGAGGAGCUAGGACGGGUGGUGCCUGGGCUGCCUGAGGGCUGGAUGAAGUUCCUGGACACGGUCACUGGGACGUACCGCUAUUAUCACUCGCCCACCAAUCGUGUGCAUCUUUACCCCCCUGAGGUCACGCCUCCUGCCACGCCUCCAGCCACACCCUCCAAGCCCAAACCCCAUGCUGGAACUGAGAAGGAGAAGGAAAAAGAGAAGGAGCACGACAGAGAGAGGGAGAGAGAGCAGUCUAAACUGAAGCGCUCGUACUCCUCUCCUGAUAUCACUCAGGACCUGAACGCAGAGGCAGCAAGAAAACCCACACCUACACCCACAGUGAACAGAGAAACCAAACCCGUAACUGCCACUUCCUACGCUAAAGCUGAGAUCGCUCGUCCAUCUGCUGCUAAGAUCCGAACCAUGAACCCAGUAUUUGGAGGAAUGGGUCCGUGUCUAACAGGUCUCCGUAAUUUAGGGAACACCUGCUACAUGAACUCCAUCCUGCAGUGUUUGUGUAACACUCCCUUUAUGGCUGAUUACUUCAACAGGAACCGUUACCAGGACGACAUCAACAGGUUGAAUAUCCUGGGCCAUAAGGGCGAGGUGGCCGAGGAGUUCGGGGCCAUCAUGAAGGCCCUGUGGUCGGGUCAGUUUAAAUUCAUCAGCCCUCGAGACUUUAAAAUCACCAUUGGUAAAAUUAAUGACCAGUUCUCUGGCUACGAGCAGCAGGACUCUCAGGAACUUCUACUGUUUCUGAUGGACGGCUUACACGAGGACCUCAACAAGAGAGCAGACAACCGUAAGCGAUGGAAGGACGAGGUGUGUGAGAUAACGGACGACGUGGGCGCGGCGGAUUGGGCGUGGCAGAGGCACAAGCUGCUGAACGAAUCCAUCAUCGUUUCACUGUUCCAGGGUCAGUUUAAAUCCACACUGCAGUGUCUGACGUGUCACCAUCGCUCUCGCACCUUCGAGACCUUCAUGUACCUGUCGCUGCCUCUCGCAUCGUCCUAUAAGUGCUCUCUGCAGGAUUGUUUGAAGCUCUUCUCUAAGGAGGAAAAGUUGACGGACAACAACAAGGUUUUCUGCCCACACUGUAAAGCCCAGAGGGAAUUCACCAAGAAGCUGGAGAUCUGGAAGGUUCCACCCAUCCUGCUCAUACACUUAAAGCGGUUCUGGUAUGAGGGCAGGUGGAAGCAGAAGCUCCAGACCUCAGUUGAUUUCCCUCUGGAGAAUUUGGACCUGUCCCAAUACGUCAUUGGGCCAAAAAGCAGCCUAAAGAGAUACGGGCUGUAUGCAGUGUCUAAUCAUUACGGAGGUCUGGAUGGAGGUCACUAUACAGCGUACUGUAGAAACGCAGGUCGUCAGAACUGGUAUAAAUUUGACGAUCAUGAGGUAUCAGAAAUCUCCGCCUCCUCGGUCAAGUCAUCUGCUGCCUACAUCUUCUUCUACUCCUCUCUCUGAGGCCACACCCACCUGGACCACCACCGAGUGCACACUGACCUGAGAGCGGUCAGAGCUGCUGUGGGUGGAGCUUAAAGACCCAACUGAAGCAGCUGAUGGAGGAGUUUCAGUGAGAAUAUGAAAGAUGUCAAAGUUUUUCUCUCUCUCUCUCUCUCUCUCUCUCUCUCUCUCUCUCUCUCUCUCUCUCUCUCUCUCUCUGUUGUGAAAUCUCUUAUUCUUGACCGUACUAAAAGGGGCGGAGCUUUCUCCCUCCAUUGUUUUGCCUUCGGACACUAAUGACAUUUGGGACACAGCCGAGUGCAGUUUGUUCUUCCGCUUUUGAGUGAGAACUCAUGAGCUCAUGUACAUGGCGCUGACGGAGACACACGUGUCCUCACCUGUCCGUCCUCACCGCACCGAUCCGGUCAGUUCCCUUUAAUAUCAAGUCCCAAAUCAUCCCUUAUUACAUAUAGAGUAUAAACCCUAUAGAGUGGAUCACGUGUUCAUAGGGAUUUAACUUCCUGUUUCCUUUUAUAGGGGGUGGAAUAGAAACAACAUUAACCCUUAUCCUAUGCACUGCAUGUACAACCCACUGCCAUUUUUACCCUCUACAUAGUGCACCACGUGUCCUACGGAGGUCAGUGACUCUCAGACAGCCACUGACCCUGUGGAAGCUCCGCCCCAUAGAUAAGAUAAGGUUAUAAGAUAUUCAGUUAGACAUUAAGCCCAUAACAGGAUCGGCGUGUCCUCGUUAUUCUGAGCCUGUAAUCAUCUUUGUCUUAUUAACAUAUAGAGCUGAGCUCGUUAACUCAUUAUGUCUCAUUAUGUCUCAUUAUGUCUCAUUAUCUUGGUCUUUAUGUAUUUGUCUGUAAGUCCUUCAUCACUGUCUCUUCCUGCUCCAUGUUUAUAAUCUAAUGCAGUCACACACACACACACACACACACACCUAAACAUUCUGUACACUAUAACAUUUAUUCCUAUAUAUAUAUAUAUAUAUUUAUAUAUGUGCUAGUUUGGCUGUGCUAACCUGAGCAUAGCUUGGCGACAGAGGACACUUUAGUGAAGCGAAUGCACAGUUAAGUCCUAAAGUCCACCUGCAGUAACGACGACGUCACUAAGAUGUAAAGCUGUGAGGAAGAAAAAGACCCAACAGGAAAACUACGUUUUUAGACAACACCGAGGAAUAAAACCUGCUGUUUUACCUGUUAAUGCAUCUCAUUCUCCCAGCACUAAACUCUCACACACUGAGACUGUGGAAUCUGAUUGGUUCACUCCUGCUACUCGCCCCGCCCCCGAUCAUUCUGACCAAUGAGCUUAUGUUGUACUUUAUUCUUUCUGAAUCUCUUUAGUUCUCGGCCUGUUUUUCUUUGCUCUGCUGCAGGACACUAAAACAUGUCCGCACUCAGUGCUGCGUAACAGAUUGUACAGUGAUGUAGAUCAGCUGAGGGACCACGAGGACGUUUAUAAUACUAAGUGUUGGUGCAGUCGACCUGACGACCAUCAGCUAUAAAUCUCACCUCCACACACACUCAGUGGGCGGGGCUUGUUAAGUCCCACCCACUCUGUACAUCUUAGUAAAGUCAGGUGCCGCUGAUCACUCUUUAAUCUCACACACACACACACACACACACCCCUGCUGGAUUUAUCAGUGUUAGACAGUUAACUACAUCUGAGUUAAAAAGGUCCACUGAGUGAUCCAUCUCUGUGACAAUAAAGCUAAUCAAACACA